AUGCUGGACUCCGGGCAGGUCAGCUCGGUGGAGUUGACCCAGGCGUACCUGGAGCGAAUUGAGGCCGUUGAAGCACAGGUGCGCUCCUUCAUCACCCUGACGCCCGAACAAGCGCUGCGCCAAGCCGAGGCUGCCGACCGCAUGCUGGCUACGGGCGAGGCCUUCCCACUGACCGGCAUCCCGAUGCAGAUCAAGGACGUGAUGUGCACCGCGGGCGUCCGAACGACAUGCGCCUCAAGGAUGCUGGAAGACUACGUGCCCGUCUACAACGCGACCGCGGUCGACCGGCUCUUCAGCCAGGGCGCGGUGAUGCUGGGCAAGGGCAACAUGGACGAGUUCGCCAUGGGUUCGUCCUGCGAGAACUCGGCGUUCCACCCCACUUUUAAUCCGUGGGACUUGGGACGCGUCCCGGGCGGCAGCAGCGGCGGCGCCGGGGCCUCAGUGGCGUCCGGCGAGGCGGUCUACGCCCUGGGGUCGGACACCGGAGGCAGCGUACGGCAACCGGCGUCGUUGUGCGGAGUCGUGGGGCUGAAACCGUCGUACGGCACCGUCAGCCGGUACGGGUUGGUCGCUUUUGCCUCAUCCCUGGACCAGAUCGGCCCGGUCGGGCGCAGCGUCGCAGACUGUGCGCUGGUCCUGGAGGCCAUCGCCGGCCACGACCCCAGGGACGCCACGUCACUGCCAUUGCCGGAAGCCAAUUACGCGUCAGGGAUCGACCGGGGCGUGGAGGGCCUUCGGCUGGGCGUUCCCAGCGAGUAUUUCGUGGAAGGAAUCGAGGACGGAGUGCGCCGGGCCGUGGAGCAAGCCAUUGCCACGCUGGAGUCCCUUGGGGCAUCCGUCCGCGAGGUGUCCCUGCCUUCCACCAAGUACGCGCUGGCCUGCUAUUACAUCAUCGCCCCCUCGGAGUGUUCGGCCAACCUGGCCCGGUACGACGGCGUGAAGUACGGCUACUCAGACCAGCAGGCCGACGACAUGUGGGGCGCAAUGGAACAGACGCGGCGGCACGGGUUCGGUCCGGAGGUCACCCGCCGCAUCAUGCUGGGCACCUUCGCCCUGUCGGCAGGGUACUAUGACGCCUAUUACCUGAAGGCGCAGCAGGCGCGGACGCUGAUCCGCCAGGAUUUCGCGACGGUGUUCCAGUCAGUAGAUGCGCUGGUCACGCCAACGUCCCCAGUUGUUGCCUUCCCCGUGGGAGACAAGACCGGCGACCCGCUGCAGAUGUACCUCAUCGACGUCUGCACCCUGCCGGUGAACAUCGCCGGGCUGCCCGCGUUGUCGGUUCCCUGCGGCUUCUCCGACGGACUACCGGUGGGUAUGCAGCUCAUAGGGCCGCACCUGUCGGAGCCCACACUGCUGCAGAUCGGCCACGCCUACGAGCAGGCGACGGAGUGGCACAAGCGCUUUCCGGAACUGUAA